AGAGCUCUCUUGAGCUUCUUGCUAUUCGAAGUCUCUUGAAAGACUGGAAAUAAAGACGAUUGAACACUGGAAGGGGAGGACCUGGACACGGGACUGGAGUCAGGGCGAAGAACCGGCUUGAACACUCACGCCCUAGUUCGCUCAAAGCGCCUUUUACCUCACAAACUCACGGAGGAUACCCGAGCAACCAAUUUUCUGGGGAAAAUAUUACGAGAAUAAAAUGUUCCAGAAAAACAGAAACAAAACUGGAAAAGUCUGAGUGAAAGUGAGGAUAUGUGAAGUUCCAAUCUUUUUAUAGCCUGUUAGUAGCUCGAAUGUAAGCCUGAUUACCAUUUCACUUGGAGCAACGGUCCAGGCAAUGGACACUUUUUUGGAGGAAGCCCUUUCGAUAUCGUCAUAAUUCUUUAUACUGGAAUUGAUCACAAUUAACCCUUGCAAUGAAGGUUCGGGUUGCAUUUACUUGCAUGCUGGUUUGCGUGUUCCUGUGGUCGUCCAGUGGUCAAAACUCCGCACCAGAAGCAGUUUUGAACUGCUGUGAGGGUGACAUCCUCUUCCUAUUGGACUCCUCGGGCAGCGUCUCAUCCUAUGACUACUCCCGCAUGCUGGGCUUUUUGUCCGAGCUCCUCCUUCCAUUCUCAUUGGGUGAGGACCAGGUGAGGGUGAGCCUUCUGCAGGUGGGCACCCAACCCCGCCUUGAGUUUGGUUUUGACAGCCACAAUAGCCAAACUGGCCUACAGGGGGCGCUGGGGAACACCAAGCCUCUGAGGGGCGACACCAACACAGAGGAGGCCCUCAGGAUGGCCAAGGACUGGGUGCUGAAGCCCGGGGGUGGUGCGGGGGCCAGGGAAGAACUCCCCAGAGUUCUAGUGUGGCUGACGGAUGGGGUGAAGCCGGGUGAUGUGAUUGGACCAAUGGAGAAGCUGAGAGAGGAGGGCGUGGCCGUUCUGGUGAUCUCCACGGGCCACGGGAACUACCAGGUGCUGCGGCAGGUGGUCACCCCUCCUGUGGAGUCACACCUGUACUUUGUGGACAUCGACGAUAUGAGUAUCAUCACUGAGGACCUGAGGGAUGCCAUUAUUGAGAUCCUCCGGGCUGAACGGCUCCAGGUGCGAGACGUGUCCACAGACAGCGCCAUGCUGCAGUGGCGACCGGUUCUGGCCGGUUUGACCGGUUACUAUGAGAUCCGGUUUGGACCGGCUCCCAGUCUAGGAGUGAGCGAAAGAGAAGCAAGGGGGCCUGGUACCAGCCCCAGUACCAGUGGUAGUCAUUACCAACGACUGACCCGGCCAGGGGACUCCAGCAUGGCAAGGCUGAUGGACCUGAAACCAGACACCACAUACAUGGCCACACUGACUCCUAAGUCCAACCUACAGGUGCUCAACCCCCUCUCUGUCACCUUCACCACUAAGCCAGAGGUGUUGAGCCCGACUGUGGUGACGGUGUCUGACUCAGGGGCCAACGGUGUGAGGGUGAGCUGGGGUCCUCUGCAGCCAGAGUCUGUCCAGAGCUUCCAGGUGGAGUACAUGGCCCUGCCGGGGGGGAAGCUCCACAUGACUACUGUGGGCCAAGGGCAGAACUCCACCCUGCUGACUAACCUCCAGCCAGACACCCAGUACCUGGUCACCGUGAGCGCACGGCACUCCUCUGGCCGGGAGAGGGCCAUGUCUGUCAAAGUGUGCACUGAGGAGGUGAGGCCGGCUCUAGCAGACCUGCAGCUGACCACGGUGGGCAGUGACUCUGUGCAGGUGGACUGGAAAGCCAGCGUGGACGGCCUCAGGGGCUACUGGCUCACCUGGGAGGGACAGGGCAUCCACGGCUCUACCGCCGCCCCGCGCUCCUCCCUCUACUUGCCUUCCAACUCACUGUCCACACGCCUCACACACCUGCCCCCCGCCACCCGAGUGUGUGUGUCACCCGUCUACCGGACGGCACGCGGGGAGGGCCUCUGCUGUAUGGCCCAGUUUCAUUCAGAUGCAUCGGUUUGGGGCCACAGAUCAUAACAUUGCUGAGCUCAACAGGCACUAUGCCAAGGAUGGAGAGAUGAAGGAGAAGAAGAGAUAGAGGAACAAUGCAUCUGAACUUGCAUCCCUCCUUCAGUUCGUUCUCUCCUUUCUGGACAAGACACAAGGCCUUUGGCUUACAAAGCACUGUCUAAUAGAUACUGAUACGAUAGAUAGAUUGAUAGAUAGAUUGAUAGAUAGAUAGGCUUGCUGUACUAUAAAGAUCUUGCUCUAUUAGUAAGCACCCUAACUGAGUUGGGUUGCUAUCUCCAGCGAUAUAUACAUCUUGAUUUUCACAUUUACUUUACAUUGCCUAAAACCUGUAAUCACACUGUAAACAUGUUUGUUUUAGAUAUAAAAUGUAGAGAGUGGCUAAGCAUAUCAGUAUAGAUCAAGGUCAUUCUGCUUGAUGGUAUUUUGCAUAAUGUAGUUUUAAUCAACAAGACCCACUGGGCACAGACAUGGUGAUUUACUAAUUUGAAUUCAACAGAAAAUGUCACCAAGUCGUUGGAUUUAGGUUAAAAGUUGGGUGGAAAAAAACAUGAAAUUCCCUUACUUUGAUGACUUUUUGCAAAUCCAAUCAGUUUUCCACGUUGAUUCAACAUCAUCUCAUACAUUUUUGAUGUUGUUGAAAUGACGUGCAAACAACAUUGAUUCAACCAGUUUUACCCAGUGGGGAGGAAUGUAUUUUUUAAAAAUGUUCUAGCUUCUACAAUACACAAGGAGCAACCAUGUUUGCAAAAUAAUCUGAAUAUUUCCCAAAGCACCCACUCGUAAUAUUUUAGUAACACUCUUUCCAUGUGUGUGCCAACUCACUUUAAUUGAAGGGCAAAUGGACACAGAAUCCUUAAUAACAGAGGAACCCAUCUAAACCAAUGAAAAAUCUGAUUCUCUACAUGGCUGCACUGAUAAAACCACAGACGAGAUGUUCUACCAGUGAGAUGUUGCAGAUGAUUUUUCGAUAAAGGAUCAAUCUGACCGUAUUCAUACUGUAGGUGUAAUGUUUCGACAUCAUUUCAACAUCAAAAAAUCUAAGCGAUGACGUUCAAUCAACGUGGAAAACUGAUUGGAUUUGCAAAAAGUCAUCAACGUAAGGAAAUUCUGUCUCUUUUUCACCCAACUUUUAACUUAAAUCCAAUUGACAUGGUGACAUUUUAUGUUGAUUUCACAUUGACUUCAUGUUAGUUGACGACUCAACCAAAUGUAAAUCAAAAAUAGACGUUGAACUGACGUCUGUGCAGUGCGGUGGGUCUGUUAUCAGCUGGUUUCUGCUGCCUCCCUGUGGAAGUUGUACUGAUGCAUUUUAGAUCCUUUUUAGAUAGUUUCAGUGUUGGUUUGUUCAUAUUCAUUACAUUGAGAGUUGUUCAUCACUAUAUUAAAUGAACUAGUUUUACAACAUAGCGGAUUUUCAUUGAGAAUGAUCAUGCAUAUCCAAAGUGAUUACAGGUGUAAUACAAUGUAUUUGUUUGGUCAUUUUUAUUUUCACUCCUAACUAACUGCAUCACAUUUUUUUGCAUUAACAUUAACUGCAUUAACUUCCAGAACUGUCUCUUAGUGCCUAGUAUUGAUGGAUGCUGUUGGGUUGUUGCAGUCACCUCUCACAGUGGUACAUCAGUUAAAGCACAGGGACUGAAUGACUGACCAUUUAUUGAGGAUCAGGAUGCUAAUUAGAGGAAUUAAUUGAAGAAGGGUUGAUAUCAAAAGGGAUUGUAGAAAUUAUGAUGAAUAUGAAACAUUCAUAUCUGAUUUGUGAGGAAAAGCUGGAAAUAGAGGUUGUCAAAGGGUGAGUCUUAUUUCAUGGCCUUCCCCUGUAAGACAUUCUAUGCAUCUCUAACUCCCAUUCUAAUUUUCUCAUCUCCUCACUCUUCUUUGCCAUUUUUCCUCUGGCCUUAGUUAUCUUUGUUUUCAUUAUUAUUUUGGUUAGGUCAGGGUGGGACAUGGGGGAUUUAUGUGUUUUGUCCGUUCUAGGUAGUUUUGUAUGUCUAUGGUUGCCUAGAUUGGUUCUCAAUUAGAGGCAGCUGUCUGUCAUUGUAUCUGAUUAGGAACCAUAUUUAGGCAGCCAUGUUCUUUGGGUAUUUUGUGGGUGAUUGUCUUCUGUCUUUGUGUCAUUGCACCAGAUAGGACUGUUUCGGUUUUCACAUUUGUUGUUUUGUAUUUUGUAGUGUUCUCGGUUAUCGUCUUCAUUAAACAUGUUGAA